AUGGUAAUAAAACUACAUUUCCCAAGUCGCCCCAGUCACAACACAAACAUGGCCGCCUCCUGUUCGGCAAACAGGGCAGUGCUGAAUAACUGUGUUAAACUGCAAAUUAUGUGUAAUCGACAUCAUUGUGGCGGUAUAUUCAUUAGGAGGAUAUGGACUACGAGGUCGAAAUGUCAACUUCAAUCCAAAUUACAGUGUAAAAGUGCUCCUCAGAUGGUGGGCGUCGUUGCUUUGGAGAUACACGCACAGAUUCAGGCUGCGUCAAAGUUGUUCUCAAGCUCUCGUGUUGGAUUCUCAGCUCCGCCCAAUUCACACGUCUCGUUCUUCGACGCCUCGCUUCCCGGCACGCUUCCGGUUCUGAACAGAAGGUGUGUAGAGGCAGCUGUAACGACGGGUCUCGCACUCAACUGCAAAAUCAACACGAAGUCUCUUUUCGACAGGAAACAUUACUUUUACGCCGAUCUCCCUGCAGGUUAUCAGAUUACGCAGCAGCGAGUGCCCAUUGCAGUGAACGGAUCACUCAACUUCAGUUAUUUAGUUGGGAGGAAGAGGAAUGAGGUGAUGACGAAGAGCGUGAGAGUGAGACAGAUCCAGCUGGAGCAGGACAGCGGCAAAAGUCUCCAUGACGACCAGAGGAGCCAAACGCUUAUAGACCUGAAUCGUGCCGGUGUGGGUCUGAUGGAGGUGGUGAUGGAACCUGAUAUGUGUUGUGGUGAAGAAGCCGCAGCUGCAUUGCGAGAGCUUCAGCUCAUCCUUCAGACACUUGGAACCUGCCAGGGAAAUAUGGCUGAGGGACAGUUGCGAGUGGAUGCUAACAUAUCUGUCCAUCAUCCUGGAGAGCCACUUGGCAUUCGCACGGAAGUGAAGAACAUCAACAGCGCUCGGUUUGUUGCCAGGGCAAUUGAUUAUGAGAUCCAAAGGCAGAUUGAGGUUCUGGAGAGUGGAGGGACAGUUCUGAAUGAGACGAGAGCUUUUGAUAGCAAAACUGGAAAGACAGUGCCAAUGAGAGAUAAAGAGGGUCUACAGGACUAUAGGUUCAUGCCAGAGCCCAAUCUACCUCCUCUGUUCGUAUAUGAAGGCCUGGCCUCAGUGCCAGACGGUGUUGACCCCGCCCAUGCAGUGUUGAUUGACAGAUUGAAGGCGCAGUUACCUGAGCUGCCUGGAGUUAAGCGGAUGAGAGUAAUGGAGGAGUACGGCAUCCUGCCAGAGCACAGCUUCACUCUGGUGAAUGAAGAUGGACUGAUAGACUUUUUCGAGCGCGUUGUCCAGGCGACUGUGAUGGAACCCAGAAAGCUGAUUGGCUGGGUAAUAAAGGAGUUGAUGGGUAACCUGAACCAGCAAAACUUAAAGAUUCGACAGAGCCCUGUGUCUCCCGAGGCUCUUGCUCAACUGCUGGAUCUUCUCGAAUCUGGUUUCAUCUCAUCCUCUGCCGCUAAAGUGGUAUUCCAGGAAAUGUGGAAGGCUCCAGAAAAGUCUGUUGAGCAGCUGGUAAAGGAACUAGAUUUAGGGCUUAUUAGCGAUCGAGAGGAACUCAUAAAGAUCUGUCAGAAAGUGAUGGAUGCUCAUCCUGAUCUGUUGCAGGUGAUCAGAGGGGGCAAUAAGAAGGUGCUAAAUAAGAUGAUGGGCAUCGUUCAGAAGGAAUCCAAGGGCCGAGCUAAUCCAGUCCAGCUCAUUAACAUCCUGCAGGAAAUGACAUCAUGAUGAAUGCCUAACUACUAGCUUUUUUUUUGCACCAUCAAACCUGGAACAUAUCAUUUUUCCUCUUUUUUUUUUAACCUGACAGACUCCUCAGCAAUGAGCUUAAAGGCUCAAUCAGGCAUGUUCAAGCACUGUUUUCUGCAGCCAGCACUGAGCAGGAACGCCACAAUCCGCACGUAAUUUGUGCAUUUUAUUGUUAAUUAUUGCUUAAUAUCAUGCUCCUGUCAACAUAAAUCUAUUAUUUUGUGUAAAUUACUUUAAUGAGGUCAUGUGGAAAUGUCUGUAUUUAUAUUAAAAUGGAGACAAAUUAA